UUCAACAAAUAUUGGGCCGAGCCCUAUCUAUGAGGCCCAUUUCGUAAGAGCCGCAAAUUAGGGUUUUUAAAAAGAGACGGCGAUCCCAAAUCCUCGUUUCAGUCGAUCGUGAAAAACUGAAAAACCUAAUCUCUCAGGAGCUGCAACGUAACAGUGUGCCAGAGAGAUGGCCAAGUCGAAGAAUCACACCGCGCAUAACCAGUCGGCCAAGGCUCACAGGAACGGUAUCAAGAAGCCAAGGAAGCACAGACACACUUCCACCAAAGGAAUGGAUCCCAAGUUCUUGAGGAACCAGAGGUAUGCAAGGAAGCACAACAAGCAGAGUGGUGAAUCUGCUACUGAAGAAUAGAUGUUCUAGGGUUUUUGAUUUAUGAUCUCUUUCUGUUUUGAAUUUUGUUAUCAAUUAGAACUGCAAUAUCUCAUGUGAUUUUUGAAUCUAGUUUACAUUCUAUGUUAUGGUUGUCAUUGUGUUUUGAGUAUUCUAUCAAUGAAAUCAUUUCUUGAGUCCA